AUGGGACUGGAAAUCCUGGGCCUGGAUGCUGUGGGGUGGCAUCGGAUGGUGACGACGUGGUGGGACAAGGUUCUCGCAGCUUGCUUACUGGCAACUAUUGUCUUCGGGGCGCUCUUUCUCUUGGCUGUUAUUGGAAGGAAGCUUUACAGAGUCUGGCAGGGGCGUCAUCAUCUCUCGGAAGUUCCCUCGGCCAUUGUCCGUUAUUUUGAUCAACUCAAAACAAACACUCCAUCCCUUGCGUCGGAGAAGUCGCCCACGAAGGAGCUUAAAUCCUUUGGUGUCUUCCUUGGCUGUGUAUCCAAUCCGCCGACCCCUGCAGAGGCGAGAAUAUUAUCGCAGUGGGAUAUUCUCGUCGUAGAUCCCCUUCAAACCGGGGUCCUGGGUGCCUUGACCGGGCAUUGCACCUCAGGGCAUGUCCUCGGUCGGAUCGACGUCCGAAGCCUGAUCGGGUCCGAUGCGAGUCACGACAAGGAUGAAGUCAUAAAAUCCCUGGACACGGUAAUCCAGACCCUCACCACCUUCCUCAGCCGUGGACAGGGCGAAUCCUCGCCAUUCCAUGGUGUGCUUCUGGCUGAAUGCUACUCGCACUUUCAGCCCGUCAUCUUGAAUGAAUUAGUGAAGUACAUGGACCGCCUUGGUCUAGCUGUGUGGCUUGAAAUGUCGCCGCCGGCCUACCUCGGCGAGCAGGAAUGUCGAGCCAUUGAUAUGAAGCGUAUCCGCGGCGUGGUCUACCGCAACGGAACCAUUCUACCCGACGGUGAUAGGCGCAAUUAUUUCCAGAUGGCCGAGAUGCGGACUGCUAUGCGAGUUGUGGCAUCCCAGAAAGCUGUAGGCGACUCUCUCAUUGCCAUGUGGGACAUCAUCGACGACGAUGUUGAGUUGUCACACCACGUUCUCGGGCGGAGCUUCAAAUGGUGCAACUACAACAGCGCCUUGUGUUGGAUUGCACCCCAGUCCGCCCUGACAAACGCGGACAUCGCUAUUGCCAAAACAGUGACCCAGGAGCCCCUGGGAGCCAUGAUGUUUUUGAAGCGUGGCGAAGUCUUGGAGGCGCACGAUGCUUGGAGGUCAAAUGACAAGAUCAGUCAAAGCCCUUGCGGGCAUGAGAACCUGUAUGAUUCAUUGGACGUCUUUGUCCCCGACCUGAGGGCAAAGCUCGCCCUGUCACCCCCUGUCAAUUACCCAGGUGCCGAAAGUCCAGGGUCGGCGGUUCAUGGUCUGGAGUUAUCUGCACGAACUGAGAGGCCGCAGACAGACAUUCUUUCUGUCUCGUCGGAUGGAACUAGUUAUACCGGACUGGGAUGCUUCCAGCUAGGUCUGGAAGUCAACUCGAAAGACGUUACAGACCUACUGGAAAGUCAGCGGCAGGUGAGAGAUCUGGAUUUGCUCCAGCGUAUCCAGGGAGACGAACUUCGUCGGAUCGCCGAGCCGUUGCGCGUCUUGCUGAGGGCCGAGAAUGCGCAUGCCUACAUUUCAUCCGAGCUUCAUGCCAUCCGAUCUUUGAUUGACCUUCUCACCGCCAGCAAAGGUGACGAUGACGACAGAUUUCGAAUCUACGUCGGUCUGCACUCGGGUUUCCGUACUCGCCUAGGGAGUCAGGUCUGGGGGUUGCAUGACCUUGACUCUAGCAUGGGGAUCCUAAACAUCUACCUGUCUGGGAAGACGCAGGACCGUACCGGAGCCGUUCUCCACACCUACCUAUCCAACAGGGGAUUCAGUCGGUCGCAAUGCUUCCUGGCAGAGAUGGCCUUGGCCACGGAGAACCAGACCCUGUCGCAGACUUGGGGGUUGCCACAACGCCUUGUAGAUGACGUUGAGCAGCUUACCCCGUUGGAGACGCUUGUAUGGCUCCGGCGGCUGGCCUUGGUAAGCCGCGAUGAUCCUCUCAAGUUGUCCACAAAGCUACGCGCCUGUGGCGAGUACCAGCUGGUGGAAGCCCCGUCACUUGCCCAACUCCGAGCAUUGAGCUCAAGCGCUUACCUCGAUGGAGAGAUCUCGGCAGCAGAGUUGGUUUCGUCCCGUCUCACCUGGCUGGAGGGUAAAGGGUGCUGGUCUCCUGACCCGUCCACUGCGGAAGCGCUUUUCCUGGAGAUUGAUGCCCGACUGCCGGUUCUUCUCAUGAAUGGAGAGGCAGACAUUCUAGAACAGCUAGCGGUGGUCAUGGAGACAAUACUGCAAAAAGAUAAGAUCGAUGCUGGCGCCGACCUCUUCGCACUGAGUGUAUUUUGCGCCUUCCGCCGUCUUGCCUUGAACGAAAUCUACCUGGAGGUCCUUGACCGCAAUCCACUACCGAACCUUGAUCCAGUACAAGCAGCAUGUUUCGCGGAAAUGUAUGCUUGCGGUGCGCGGACUGACGUGUAUUUCGAUAUGACUCCCAAGCGUCUGGGGCAGAUCAUCUGGCGCUGGUAUCGUGCGUACUACACAAAGCACCAGCCCCCACACCGCGAAGAGGUCUUCACGGAGCUCCCGACGUCGUAUGCUUCCAUGAACGUGGACAUUGACCCAAACGGGGAUCAGUACAAAGUUGCCUGGCAUUACCGACUGACCUUCCUGGGAAUUUUCGCUGUCCCGGCGUUGAUUGAUGUUACCAUGUUGACGACGGUCGGACGUGGCCUGUACCUCACCACCUUCAUGAGCGAUCUAGACAAGACUCUCGCGACAACUGCGCUGAUGUGCGCUCUUCUCGUCUGUGGUGGGUUUGGCAGCUGGAUCAGCUCGGGUGGAAGUUAUUAUCUGUAUGCCAUGGCCUUUCCGGCCAUGAGCAUGUUUGUGCUGACCCGUUUUGUCGCUGGCCUUGCCGUCGCCAUUGUCGGGGGUGUAAUAUCGCUAAUCGUCGUCGGUGUCAUCAAGAACUUCGCCGCGGGUAUCUUGUUCUGCCUGUACUUCAUCAUGCUUUCGACCUAUCUCAUGACUCUGUCAGCGCUGUCAGUGUAUCAACUUCCCGGAUACCAGUUCCAAUCGGGACGAACGGUCAUCAUGACAUGCAUUCCGAUUCUUUUCGUCUCACCUAUCGUCACACUCUGGGUGCACCGGGACUCCGUUAUCUAUCUGUGUGUUUUGGCUGUGUUCCUUUCAUCCCUGCUGCUUGGGGCGCGACGUGUCAUCUCACAAUGGAACAUCUGGUAUCUCAAUAUUCCAUGCGUCACGGACACGGAAGUCGUCAACUGGUAUAUGCAGACCCCAACCUCGGGGUAUCUGGGAUCGGCUUCAACCGAGAAAUUGAAAGACGUCGGAGCGGAUGCCCGCCAGGCUCUCCUAGCCAGUGUCCAAAAAGAAAGAAACAAGUGGUUCUGGACGAAGGAGACCACGGAUCCCUUCAUCGCCAAGAUGACCAAUGGAUAUUCGGCCACUAUCUUUCUUCUCGGCUGGUACUGCCGUUACUCAAGAACCAAGAUGCCCCUGGCGUAUAGCCCGACGUGGAACCUGCAACUCAAGGCGGCAGUCGAUACGAUGGCCGAAAUGCAAAAGGGUCUGAAGAUGCACAAUGCCUUCUUGCACUGGCGUCACACCGGCGCCGACGUCUGGUGUGGUAUCCUGUACUUCAUCGUCGCUCUGUCGGACAAGUGGACAGCUCUGCUCACGGGCGAGUCCAUUGUUGGGCUGUCAGCGGCAAACAGUGCCACGUACCGUCUUACGGUGGGCUUCGCCCUAGGCUACUACCUUCUGGGAGCAGUCAUCCUGGACGCUGUAUCGCAGCCGCUGUGGACACUGGUCACGAAGCCCACUCCGCAGCCCGUUUCCUCGUUGGCGAGCCUGCGCGAGGUUACCCUUAAUGAUGCUCGGGCGCGCCGGAAGCUCUACUGGAAAUCCCUGAUGAAAUUCUUUUUCCUGCACAUCUGGGGCACAGCCAUCAGUAUGGCUAUCAUGUGGAGUUUUGAGGCGUCCCAACUAGCCACGAUCAUGUACCUGGCCUAUGUCGGUUGCUAUAGCGGUCUUCUCUGGUACCAAUACAACCGGAUUUUCAGCGGCCCACAUGUGGCAAGCGGACUCGCCGCUUGCGCGGUUAUCUCCUUGGUCGUUGGCGUUCUUCUUCAUACCCUGCUUCCUGCUUUCGCCUACAGCAGUGUUAUUGGAUUGGCGUCAGGUACCUGGGGGGCUGCCUUCUAUUCCGUCUGGAAGGCUGACAUUGGGUGGCCAAUAUUUGCGAAGGAUUCCCCCGAUGGCACGAUCAGGGUUAACAUCAAGGGGGCAUCGGCGACCCACAGCAUCAGCACUCUCGAACCAUACACAGAAAUCUCUCAGACCACCAUGUCCCAAAUGUUCGAUAAUAUUGGCAUGCUGUCGGAUGAGUUUCGGUAUGCGCUUGACCCUGCUCAGCAUCCCGGGGUUGAGGUCAGGCAAAUCCUGCGAUCUGAUCGUCAACUCCAGAAGUCCAAGGCAGUGCGAGCUGCAUUUCCAGAGGCAGCAGAUGUGGUUCGACGUGCCGCAGAAUCCUGGGAAAAUGGAGAGAUCAGCGUUGAACUCGUGUCGGCGGCACAUUUGCUGCAGCCGGAACAGAAGAUCCGAACUAUCACUCGACAGACUGGCGACCAUGUUCACAUCUGCGUUGUCAUUGGUCCCGACCUGGUCGGAUAUGACUGGGUGUCCGAUAUCCGUCGCAACUGUCAGGCUAUUGCCGAGGCAGUGGUUCAGGCGACAGCCCAAUUCAAAACGGGGAUGUCUCACGACCACUCCAUGAUCGCAGAACUACUGGUUGUGAAUGACCGGCAAGGCGAGGAAAUAUCUCUCCCGGAAGGCAUCAAGCGUCAACUUGAGAGCAGCUCGACAGAGCGGGCUCGGGUCAUCAAUUAUGGGCAAAAGACAAUCGUACGCCACCUGUUGCUUGGCCUGGACUGCGACCAGGAAUGGGACCAGCUUCCUCGAGCGGCGAGGGCCUUGCUUUUGCGUCGGACUUGUGAACAGCCGAGCCGCGUCUCUUCCGAGCAGGCUGCAUGGCUCCGUUCCAGAGCCGAGGCCGGCGAAUGUCUAUCGAUCGAGGAGUUCAUCGCACGUUGGAACCUGGGCGUGAAGCUGGCAGUCAGCGUCACAUCUUUUGCCAUCGAACUGGAAGCCCACCAUCGAGGCCGAGACGAACCGGAAUUCCUGAAUUCCCGAUAUGAUCGGCCGAUCCGGAACCUGCUGGCGCUGAACGAGCAAAAGCCAAACAUUGGCUUCGCCGAGGCUCUCCGGAUGUCAUUUGCCCGUUUUGUUCAAAUCUGGAACGCGUGCGUCAAGUUUACUGUCAUCUCCCUGGUGGCGGAUCCGGAGUAUCAACGCGAGCUGGACUUCAUGAUUCGUGGCCAGCCGUUAUUCUUCGCCUGGCCCGUGACUCUGUUCCUCAACGGGGUCUGGCUGUUCUGCAAAUCCCUACAACGACUUAUUAUUCCAUUGGUCCUGUUCCACGGCCGACCCAAGGUCUCUGCCCUGUAUCGGAACAGGAAGGACUGGAAGACGGUGAUCCACCAGAACCGGGUCGUGGUGGAGAGCCUGGGUGGGAUCUCGACGGGAUUCUUCCGACCAGAAUCUGACGGGACCGUCCAGCUCUACCAAUUCAACGGACGCCACGACCAUGAGCCAAGCGAUUACAAGCAACUCGUCGCGAUCAACACUUAUACCGAAAAGCUCCUUCUCUCGCGCCGCCAAGAGUAUCGCGGAGACACUCUGGUUAACGAGUUCACGUAUGAAUAUCCACAGGACAGCCGGAAGGGGCGACCGAAGUUGCCCACUCAGCGGGAAUGCACUCAAGGGGAGUUGAGCGGACAGAUCGUCCAGUACGAUAAACGAGGCUAUAUGACCUCGGGAUCCGCAAUGCGCGGGGUCAACCCGCUGCAGUUCAAGUUUUGGUACCGGAAGGGGGCCAAGUUCGAAGACGAGCUGCUGCGCGCCGACUAUGUCCUGCCGCAUAUCAAGAUCCAGGUUGCCUGGUGCAUGCCUCCGCCAAACCGCCCUGAGAGGCAGGACAAAUGGAUUCCCUACCCUCGGGUCACCGAUGCCACGUUCGUUCAAGGUGAUGAUACCCACAAGGCCAAGUGGACGUACGAUCACAAGUUCCAUCCGAUCAUUGCCACCACGCUGAAUGGUGAAUCCGUCACUACCCCUGCCAUGAUCCACGAGGAUUGGUUCAAGGUGUUGCAGAAACCGACCAAGUGCAGCUUUCUGGACGACAAUCCGCUCUUUUCCUUCUCCUCGGUCAAGCCCAAUUUCCUGUCGCGCCUCCUGGGCUGGAACGUGAAACGGUAUCCCAUCCCCACCUCGCGCGCUCGCACCCACCUCUGGAAGUCGUGGAAAGGCAGCAAGGAAUUCGACGCGAUCACGACGCGGUGGUUGGAUGAGAUCAUGUUGCGGUCCGACCGGGUGCUCAAGCCGUACUGGAGAAACCGGGACCUAGGCCGUUUGGAGCCCGCCUGCGAUUAUCUGGAUGCCCAAGCCGACACCGUCCUCGCCCGGGUGGAUAUCGACCCGGAAGUCAGCUCGUGGACUCCGAUCGCGUUCAAGAUCAGCGAUCUGUCCAGUUUUGGACAGGGCGGCGACGCACGUAUCAAUACCAGGACCCUCUCCACCCAACUGCAGGAUAGCGACACCGAGCUGCACGUCCUCGCCAUGGACACCGGCACCUGGCCCAACGAGCCCGGUGGUGUGUCGGCGUGCCGGCGCGACAUGGUCAACGAUCUCAAGGCGAUCCGGUGGCACAUCCUGGCAGAAGCGGCCAACGACUUCGGCGUGCCCCGAUUCCAGAUCGAGCGGAAUGUCCAGUCGCUGACCGUGUUGCCUCAGUGGGGGCUGGACUUCCUCAACCCGACCCACGGGAUGUUCCAAAACAACCUGGAUUCCGAGGUGGUCCAGAAGUCCCACGACACGCGGGUGGCAGACAUCGAGCAGAACUUCAUCCCCAUCCUGACCAGCCUCGUCCGGUGUGCCCGCACCAUGCACAAGACGCGGGCGCACAUCGAGCUGGCCACGAAGGCGCUGGUGGAUUUGAACACGUAUUUCGAGUCGUCCCGGAACUGGAACGAUGUCUGGAUGAGCGACACGGUCAAGCGCGCCUGGCGGGAGCUUUGGCUGACGGAGGACAUGGAGGAUACAAUCCCCGUGUCCGAAUGGUGGAAUUGCGAGCAUCCCACGUUGUUGCAACUGGAUACGGCUUUGGACAUGUGGCAUCGCUAUCUCUUUAUCUUCUCGGUUCCCAUCCCCGAGCGCAUCCCCGACGUUUUUCAGGUCUCGCAUCACUUCACGGGCGCCACAUAUGGUGUGCUGUGCAAGGUCAAGCGCAAGUGUGCCCUGCACGUGUGGGACCACUGCGUGAGCUUCCGCGAGAUGACAACCUUCCUGUCCGCCGCCGUGUCCUUCGACUCGACCUUUGUAAACUCGACGCUGAUCUCACUGGGCCACCUGUCCUGCAUCCUGAUCGAGCACCACGCGGAUGUCGUCCUGCCCUGUGCGGAGUACUUCAACCCGGGGUGGGAGAUCGAGCUGGGCACGUGCGAGGGCGUUCUGGAGCAUCGCCGGGCCUUCCACCGCAAGAUCGACCCGGUGGUGAACGGGAUCACGAACAUGGAGAAGUAUAAGCCGAUCGAGAAGAUCAAGACAGAGACGCCUACGGUGGUGAUGCUGUCUCACAUCCGAUACGUCAAGGAUAUCAAGACGGCCAUCAUGGCCACCGAUCUGAUUGUCAACCAAUGGGGCUUCAAGGACUACCGCCUCCACAUUUACGGAGAUAUGGAGCGCGCGCCUGGGUACGCGUCCGAGUGCCAGGAGAUCAUCGCAUCCAAGUCACUUCGGGAUCAUGUUGUCCUGAAGGGAUUGGGUAACCCGUCGGUGGUGCUUCAGGAUGCCUGGAUCUUCAUGAACUCGUCGACCUCGGAGGGGCUUCCGCUGGCGAUGGGCGAGGCGGCGCUGACGGGGGUGCCGGUGGUGUGCACGGACGUGGGGGCGUCGUUCUGCGUGGUGAUGAACCGGGACACGGGCAAGCGGUUCAGCGAGGUGCCAGUUCGCGGGGACGCGGAGGGAUACAAGCCGCCGGCGCUGGGGCUGCGGCCGUCAGCGGCGGAGGUGGAGCAGAUCUCGGCGCGGAUGUACGCCAAGCAGGAGGAGCGGCGGCAGUUCGGCAUGCAGGGGCGCGACAACGUGCUGAAGAGCUUCUCCAGCCACCGGUACCUGCGCGAGCACGAGCAGAUGCUGUGGCUGGGCAAGUACCAGAGCCAAAGCUACGUGGCGCGCGGGCGGGAGUCGUCGUCGGCGGGCGGGUCGAGCGAGUUCUUCAAAGAGCGGGUGACGAUCGAGGCGAUGGACGGGCUGGUGCCCCGACCCCACGCUGGCCGGGGGCCCGUCGCACCCAUGCAAUUGACUUCCGAAGGGUUCAAUGGGGAGGAAGAUGGAGAGGAGGAUGGAGAGGAGAAGGGAGAAAAGCGCAGAGGAAAGAAGAAGCGAAGACAAAGGAAGAAGGCGCAGUCACCUGCCGGGUGGCCGCCUCAGGCAGAGGGGGGAUGGUGA